AUGGAUUCCAUUGAUGAAACAUCUGAUACGGCAAUUGAGACAAAAUAUCCGUUACUUCCAUUUGAAAAACAAAUCUUUAUAGAUGUUUACGAAAAAGAUGCCCUCGUUAUACUAGCUAAAGGCCUGCCUUACACUAAUAUUAUAUCAAAUUUUCUCUGGAUGUAUAAAGAGCCUACAAACCUUGUAUUAAUACUAAACAGCAAUGAAUAUGAAGAAAGAUAUUUUUCAGAAAAAUUUAAGCUGUCUGCACUUCCUAAUACUGGAGCAGAAAGAGAAAGGACAUAUGUAGAAGGUGGUGUUUUUAUAGUGUCAACAAGAAUAUUAGUUGUUGAUUUAUUGAAAAAUAGAGUGCCUGUUCCACAUAUAACUGGCAUAAUAGUUCUAAGAGCUCACACAGUGCUUGAGUCAUGUCAGGAAGCUUUCGUAUUGAGGCUGUUUAGGCAGAAUAACAAAAAUGGUUUCAUAAAAGCAUUUUCAAAUUCUCCAAUAUCAUUUACUUUUGGAUAUAAUCAUGUUGAAAAAGUAAUGAGAGCCCUGUUUGUAACGGAACUGUUUCUAUGGCCUAGAUUCCAUGGAAAUGUAAUCAAGAGUUUAAAAAGUAGAGAAGCCCAAGUUGAAGAGUUGCAUGUUCCUCUCACAUCCAACAUGAAUAACAUACAGUCAUGCCUUCUUGACAUUAUGAACUAUACCGUAAAACAACUGAAGAGUAUUAAUAGAACAAUUGAUAUGCAGGAAAUUACAACUGAAAAUUGCAUUACAAAGAAAUUCCACAAGAUUCUUCAAUCUCAGUUGGAUUGUGUUUGGCAUCAGCUUAGCACAAGGACUAAGGAAUACAUUCAGGAUCUGAAGAUCUUAAGAACUAUGAUAAUAAACUUAAUAAAUGAUGACGCAGUAUCAUUUUAUAGUUUAGUUAGUAAGUAUAGAACACCAGAAUAUGCACAGGUGAACUCUGGUUGGAUACUUCUUGAUUCUGCAGAGCAUCUGUUUAAGUUGGCUCGGGGCAGAGUUUUUAAUUCAAAAAAUGAAUUCGAUCCAGAAUCUACCCCAAAAUGGAAGUGUCUAAGUGAUUUACUAUUAAAUGAAAUACCAGAUGAAGUUAAAAAGAAAAAGAUAUCUCUGAACAACAUAAAAAUUUUGAUAUUGUGCUUCGAUAACAAAACCUGCUAUCAACUGAAUAAUUUACUAACGAUGGGUGCAUAUAAGUACCUCUUUUAUACGGCAUUUCGUCGAGAUUUAACAAUCAAUGCAGUCUCUUCAAAUUAUAAGCAUUUAAAUACUGUACCAGUUGAAACGGACACUAAUCUAUCACAAGUAUCAGAAAGAAGUCAAGCAAAUACAUGUGAAUCGGACAACACAGAUAAUUUGGAUAAAUCACAUUAUGUGUUAACUAUAUCUCAAGCUGUUACACAGCGGGAGAAGGACCAAAUAUUGCUGGAAGAAAGCAUGUUUGAACCAAUACCACAAAUAGAAAACUUAGAUUUUACACAAAUUGAGAAGGAGAGGCCGAUAAUUUGCAUACAAACAUUCAAACAGAACGGAAAUCCUUUGUCCCUAGAGCAGUCGCUCGAGACAUUGAGGCCUGAAUACAUAAUACUGUAUCACAAUGAUGUCGCCGCUGUAAGGCAAAUCGAACUGUUCGAGGCUAGAAAAAAGCCCGAAGAACCAAUAAGUAAAGUGUACUUUUUAGUUCACGAUAAAACCGUAGAAGAGCAAUCUUACCUCACGACAUUGAGGCGAGAGAAACAGGCCUUCGAACAAUUGAUACAGACUAAAAGUGUGAUGGUUGUGCCUUCUUAUCAAGAUGGAAAAACUGACGAAUAUUUCAAUCUUAAUGUGGAAGAAGUGGAUUCUACUGCCGAUACAAGAAAAGCAGGGGGUCAGACACAACAAAAAGAGAAGCCAGUUGUGAUUGUUGAUAUGCGAGAAUUUCGUUCAGACCUGCCGGCACUGCUUCAUAAGAAAGGAAUUAACAUUGAACCAGUCACCAUAACCAUCGGCGACUAUAUACUAACACCAGAGAUAUGCGUGGAACGCAAGUCUUUAUCAGAUUUGAUCGGCUCAUUAAAUUCCGGUCGCCUAUUCGCGCAGUGCACGCAAAUGUGUCGCGCUUACGCGAGGCCCAUAUUACUUAUAGAGUUUGAUCAAAACAAACCGUUCAAUCUUCAGGGCAACUACACAGUAUCGACCGAUUUGUCCGGCGCAGAUAUACAACAAAAGCUCCAACUUCUUACUAUACAUUUUCCGAGAUUAAAACUUGUGUGGUCUCCUAGUCCUUAUGCGACUGCUGAACUUUUUUAUGAGCUAAAGCAAAGUAGAAAGAACCCUAAUGUAGAAAAAGCUUUAGCUCUGAGUGGUGAGAAUGCAUCUGAUGAUGUUUGCUAUGAGAGAUACAAUGUUCUGGUACACGACUUUGUUCAAAAACUCCCUGGGGUAACCUCCAAGAACAUAACGAGACUGAUGAACAGGGGAGUGUCUCUGGAUCAUUUGAUUACAUUGUCACAGGAUAAACUUACUGAAAUAUUAGAAAAUAAAAAAGAGGCUGAAAUGUUAUACUCUAUAUUGCACAUAAGAGCUAAACCAUCAGACUCGAGGAAAGAUGAAAAAGGAUUUAGCAAAAAGAAGUUUGGAGGUAGAAAAUAA